CUCAGUCCGCAUCCUCGAGACGAGCUCGCGGAGCCGCGCAUGGAAGAAAAGUCCUACCCUCCAGCUCCAGCAGUCAACAUGACGCAGUUUUAGGAGAACUUUGUUUUUCUUUUGUGGGAAUCUUCUCAGUCCAGGACAUUCACUUCUACAGAGACUUUCUUUCACUUUCACAGAGUUUUACCAGUUUGUCCCGAGCCGCCGCGCACCGGUCUGAUGCCCGCCGGGAUGUUCAGCAUAGACAGCAUCCUGUCCGGCCGGCCGAGCUGCAAGGAGCCGCUGCUGCUGCACCGGAGCGGCCCGGUGGUUCUCUCCGCCGGCCUCACGGACUCUAUCUACACCGACUACAACGGACUGUACUCCGCUGCAUGCGGGCCUUCUCCCCCCGGUGUUCCGUCUGUGAACGGGACCAGGAUAGGAUAUAACGGCUACUACUACGGACAGCUGCACGUCCAGGGCGCCGGAGGAGCGCCGCCAUGCUGCGGCUCUGUGGCCGGCCUCAGCCCGCAGCAGUGCCCCUGCAUCCCGGCAGGCUACGACAGCCCGGGCUCGGUGCUGAUCUCCCCGGUGCCGCACCAGAUGAUGUCCUACAUGAACAUGGGCAGCCUGUCGCGCACCGAGCUGCAGCUCCUCAACCAGCUGCACUGCCGCCGCAAGCGGAGGCACCGCACCAUCUUCACCGACGAGCAGCUCGAGGCUCUGGAGGGCCUCUUCCAGGAGACCAAGUACCCGGAUGUCGGCACCCGGGAGCAGCUGGCCCGCAAGGUCCACCUCCGAGAGGAGAAGGUCGAGGUUUGGUUCAAAAACAGACGCGCGAAAUGGAGGAGGCAGAAAAGGUCUUCAUCAGAGGAAUCAGAGAACUCUCAGAAAUGGAACAAAGCGGCCAAAACCUCCGCGGAGAAAACCGAGGAGGCAAAAAGCGAAGUGGACUCGGACAGCUGAUAAUAAAAGCGACCUGACGCCGCGGCCUCGUGUGUGUGAAAGCGACCUGACGCCGCGGCCACGUGUGUGUAUGUGCGUGUGUGUGUGUAUGUGUGUGAGAAAGCGACCGGACGCCGCGGGCAAGUAGGCCUGUGUGUGUUAGUGUAAAAGCGACCUGACGCCGCGGCCACGCGUGUGUGUGUGUGUGUGUGUAGGUGUGUGUGUGUGUGUGUGUGUGUGUGUGUGUGUGUGUCAUGAAACGUGUUGCCAUGUUGCACAGUUGUACAUAUCUUACAUUUUAUUAUUGAUCCUGUGUGUCCGCUAUUUAUAUUUAAUUUAAAAGUUGUUUGUUAAUGUUACGCGCACGCCAGGUGACGUGAUGACGCUCGGAGGGGAUUGACUGCCAUGUCGGAAUAUAUCGUAGCCCUAAUGUUAAUAUGUGUGUGACAUUUCUGUGGAUGUUAAAUGUUGUAAUUCUGGUAACCCCCGUCCCCGUCCCACUGUAACAAUGCCCAAAUCCAGCCAGAAACACGCGGAGACCGGAACACAUCCAGAGGCUGCAGAGCCGGCAUCGCCACAGCUUUUGUGAAAAAUACGCCGACGUUUAUGUAAUUAUAUUUUGCAAACCUACGUAAAAGGAC